GAUAAAAUAAAAGUGUUUUUCAUGUAACAACAAUAAAAAUUACAAAAUGUCUGAAAGAGAUUAUGCUCCGCUUAGUAUAGCCUGCGUUCGUGGGCUAUGCGACAAAUUAUAUGAUAAGAGAAAGUUUGCUGGUGUUGAAAUAGAAAAAAUGGUAAAGGAUUUCAGCGACGCAAACAACACUAGUCAGAUCAAGAGGCUGAUCAGAGUAUUGGGCCAAGACCUGAUGUCUUCAACCAACCCCAAUGUCAAGAAUGGUGCGUUGAUGGGCCUCUCCUCAGUUGCUGUUGGAUUAGGAAAGGGCUGCGUGACGUACCUGCCGGAGCUGACGCACCCCAUCGUGGCGUGCCUGAGCGAGAGCGAGUCGCGCGUGCGCUACCAGGCGGCCGAGGCGCUGUUCAACGUGCUCAAGAUCGCGCGCGGCGCCGCGCUCGCGCACUUCCCGCCCGUGUUCGACGCGCUGGCGCGCCUCGCCGCCGACCCCGAGCCGCAGGUCAAGCAGGGCGCCGAGCUGCUGGACCGCCUGCUGAAGGACAUCGUGACGGAGAGCCCGGCGUUCGACCUGGCGGCGUUCGUGCCGAUGCUGCGCGAGCGCAUCUACACGCGCAACGCCUUCGCGCGCCAGUUCAUCGUGUCGUGGGUGGCCGUGCUGGACGCCGUGCCCGACAUCGACCUCAUCGCGCACCUGCCCGAGCUGCUCGACGGGCUCUUCAACAUGCUGGACGACCCCAACCCCGAGAUACGCCGCAUGUGCGACGUGCAGCUGAGCGAGUUCCUGCGCAGCAUCAAGAAGGACCCGUCGCGCGCGCACUUCCAGGCCAUGCUCAACAUCCUCAUCACGCACGCGCAGUCGCCCGAGGAGCUCGUGCAGCUGACGGCGAUCACGUGGCUGAAGGAGUUCAGCGAGCUGGCGGGCGCGGCGCUGCGCGCGCACGCGUCGGGCGUGCUGUGCGCCGUGCUGCCCUGCCUCGCCUACACCGACGAGCCGCGCAAGAGCAUCCGCGAGACGGCGGCCACAGUAAACCUGCAGCUGACCAAGCUGCUUGUGGCGGAGCCCUCGCCGCCCGCGCCCGGGGACCCCGCGCCCGGGGACCCUGCGCCCGGGGACCCCCCAGGCGACGCGGACACCGCGCUGCGGCUCGACGCCGUGGUGGGCGUGCUGACGCAGCUGCUGCACCACAAUUCCGUGCACACUAAAGUCGCCGCGCUGGACUGGAUCCUGCACCUCUACAAUAAAAUGCCUAACGAGAUGUUCCCGGAGACGGACGCGGUGUUCGUGAGCGUGGUGGGCAGCCUGACGGACGCGGCCGACGACGUGGUGCGGCGCGCGCUGGCCGUGCUGGCCGAGAUCUGCUCCUGCGCGCCGGAGCCCGGUGAUCUGGAAUCGAGUCCAUACUACUACAAGUUCCUACAAGCGUUGCUGCGGUUACUGGCCGCGGACGACAACUUAUUAGAAGACAGAGGAGCAUUUAUUAUAAGGCAGCUGUGCGUGCUGCUGAACGCGGAGGACAUCUACAAGGCGCUGUCCAAGAUCCUGCGGCGCGAGCCCAACCUGCGCUUCGCGGCCACGCUGGUGGACGUGCUGAGCUCCAUCCUGCUCACCGCCGCCGAGCUGUACGAGCUGCGCCAGCAGCUGCGCGCCAUGGACAAGCCGAGCACGCGCGCGCUGUUCGCGCAGCUGUACCCGUGCUGGUGCCACAGCGCCGUGUCGUUGCUGGCGUUGUGUCUACUCACGCAUAAUUAUGCGCACUGCAACACGCUCAUCUCCACAUUCGGCGACCUCGAGAUCACAGUGGAUUUCCUGACGGAAGUGGACAAAUUAGUGCAACUCAUUGAAUCUCCAAUAUUCGCAUACUUGCGGCUGGAGCUCCUGCGCGGCGCAGAAAGUGCGGAGCUACGCAGCGCGCUGUACGGGCUGCUGAUGCUGCUGCCGCAGAGCGACGCCUUCCACGCCCUGCGCGCGCGCCUGCAGUGCGCGCCGCCGCUGCCGCUGCCGCCGCUGCCCACGCUGCCGCCGCCGCACAGUCACAAGUCCGACGACGGCGGGCCGGAGCUGGACUUCGGCGCGCUGCUAGCCGAGUUCAAGCGCGUGCAGGCCGCGCACCGCGAGUACAAGGCGCUGGACCGCUCGCGCGCGCGCCUGCUCGACGCGCCGCACUCCUAGCCCGCCCGACCCGGGUCUUGGACCGGAUGUAGCGGGGACUACAGCUGGACUAGUUUGCGGAUGAGUACCAAAUCUAUGGACAGACCAUUUUUAGUACUAUCUUUUUCACUACCUUGAGCGUAUUCCCUGUAUUACAGGGUACAUUGUACAGCUUUUAUAAAAAACUUCGUUUAGAUAAUUGUUAUCUAUAUAAAUAAUUAUAUUUAAUGUAUUUUAUUAUUUAAGCAAAAUCUACUCAAGAACUCAUUAUUACGUAAUUAUUAAAAUAUAUUUUAGUAAUAAUACCGGGAAAUACAAUUGAAUGUAAUAAUAUUUUUCAUUAUUUAUUCAAUAAAAGUAGUAUUAUUAUUAUCAAAAAUAUAGUCAAAGAAACUUUUUACAAACCACAAUUAUUAAGACAGUACCGACUCGGACGCUACAAAAUGUAUUUUUACGAGGAGUUACACUCCUUGAUCCCUAAGGUUUCUACAAGCGCUUGCGCUCUAAUUCUACAAGCGCUUGAAUUAAUUGAUACUUUAUCCAGCUGACAACUUUAAUCUUCAAGCUCCGAAUGGGUUCCGUAUUUGUUAUCAUCGUGAUAGCAUACAUUUGUUAUGAGCCGGAUUAUUAAGUUAUUAUUAUAUUUCUAAGAUCUCGUGCGUGAAUUGAAUGAGUAAGCAUAUAUUACACUAUGCUGAACCGUACCUAAGGCUUAAUACUUCGAAGAGACGCCCUGUGGGUGGAAUAUGGACAGGUCUAUUGUGAAGUUAUAUUGAUUAAUAAAAUGUUAUUUAUACAUUCCAA